AUGUGCGUAUCUGGUGGGGCUAAUGACAGCGGCAUCGGAAAUAGCUCACGAGGCAAAGAAAAUGUUCCGUCGCAUAAGAGAGCGCGGAAGGCGCUCGCGCUCGGCCCCAGCGCACCAACAGCUACCAGCACCCCACAUUCCCACAACAACCUGGUGCCGGAUGUCUGCAGUUUUAUCAUUGAGACACCGAGCAAAACGCUAGCAGGAGACGAGAGCUCCGAGCUAUUCUCGUCCCCAGCGAUCCAUCGAAACCCAUACUUAGACGAGUCCACAAGCCUGCACAGCUUAGUCAGCGAAAACACGCCAGACAAAUACCAAAACAUCGACAUCGAAAACAUUAUCUCGGAAAAGACUAAGGUAUCAAGUAAAGCCGAAGAGCCAAUUGUGGUGAAGAAGUCUGCUGUUAGAUCUAUUAAGUUCGACCAAGAACCCGAGGCUAAGGAGGAAACGCCGUCGUUUAUCAUGGCAACAACAAAUUGGGAGACGCUAGCUUGCGGUAAGACCCAAGACCAGUUAGACUUAACAAUCUUAGCCCAUCAAUUUUUAAAGAAAUCAGCUUUAAAACCGCGGUCACUUAAUUUUUAA